AGCUGUUUGCAUUGAUGGUUCCAUCAAACAAAAAUAAAAAUAUUUUAGUACAUUUUCUUUUGCAAUAGUUCUUGCUAUUUCGGAAAAAACUCUGUUCUUGUAAAUCGUUGCCAUGUCUCUGGGUCCAUUUUUGCGUACGCCAUUUACCGAUUUAACUGGUUGUUUGAUCAAUCACCAAAGCUACGAAAAAUGCGGCAAAAUGGAAAUGGAAAUGAUGGAAUGCCUUGAAGCUUAUGGAGUUGAAAAAGGUCAGAAGAUGUGUGCUGAUAUUAUAGCGGAUUUCAGUGAAUGUGUUGGUGUGCGCAAACAACUAUUGAGGUUCCAUGCAAUGCGUGGUGAACGCCUAAAGCAGUACUAUUUUGGAGAUCGCAAAAAGGACGAACUAUUUGCUGAGCCUCCCAGAGCUGACGCUUAUUAAUAUAAUAUUUUUUUUAAGGUAGCCUCGUGGUAAAUAAAAACCCUAUUUCAAGAAUUAACAAAACGCAAGUCACAACUUUAUAAACAAAAUCUCUACUGAGAAGGAAUACAUUUUAGAUUUUCAGUAUCUGUUCGAAAAUGCAUCAAGAUUUGCAGUAUGUGAACAACUAGCAACGCUGCCUAUUUCACAUGAUGCAGGUGCAGUAAGUAAAAUGGAAAUGUUAUUCAAUAGUUGACGGUCAAAAAGUGAUAAUUUGUUUGGAUAUACGAGUAAGAAAGUUGAAACCAUAUAAAGAGAGAACGCUUUGUGUUUAAAAAUAAAAAGAAAAAAUUCUUGAAAAUAAAUAAUUGUUUGGAGCAAUGCAAUUAUAUUCCAA